AUGCAGUCCCUCAGCAGGUAUAAAUAGGUGAAUAACACAUGGCUCACCGUUGUGGGUGGCUUACUUGUUUUCUACUUCCAAAACUCUGCUGCAAAAAGGGGUAUAAUUUGAAGAAGAUGGGUAGACUUUUUGUGAUCAGUCUUGAAGGAAACAUCUAUAGAUGCAAGCACUGUCAUACCCAUUUUGCUCUUCUUGAUCACCUUAUUUCUAGGUCAUUCCAAUGCAAGCAUGGGAAGGCUUACCUUUUUGAUCGAGUUGUGAAUGUUAUUCUUGGAGAGAAAGAAGAGCGGGCAAUGCUGACUGGAAUGCACACUGUUGUUGACAUAUUCUGUGUGGGAUGUGGCUCUAUUGUGGGGUGGAAAUAUGAAGCUGCAGAGCAGAAAAGCCAAAAGUACAAGGAAGGGAAAUUCAUCAUUGAGAGGUUUAAGGUCUUGGGUCCAGAUGGAAGCAGCUAUUCAUUAAGUCAAGAUGCUCAACUUGGAGGAAGUGAUACAGAUGAACCUUAGAGUAAUCAAAUAGUAUCUGUUUCAACUGUACAUGCCUGCCCUCAAUCUCAAAUUGCUUUUAGUACAUAUAGACAAGUUUUGCCAGGAUUAUUUUAGAAUGAUCAAUCCUCUCUCACAUUAAAACAAUUUUAUAGGCUUUCACUUGCUUUGAUAGGAAUAUGAUAUUUAGCAUUGGAUUGGUGUCAGUGACUAUGAAGCUUUUCAGUAUUCUGCUGAAGAGUUUGGUCAACUUUUCCAUUUACAUUCAUGGAUAAGGAGAGCGGGAAUGAACUUUUAUGUUAUGUACAUAAUUUCUAUCUUAUAUUGGCCAACAUUGAACUUCAGCAUAUCCUGAAAACAACAAGUAUUUGAGACUUGUGAUAUAUUUCACCAGCUUAUGAGCAUUGUAAGUGGAGUUAUGGAGUGCCAAUGUUCUUGGGUGACAAUAAGGUGAAUCAUGAGGUCUUAGGUUCAAAUUUUAGCGGAGGUAAGAUAUACUAGGUGAUUUCUUUUCAUCUGUCUAACUCUUAGCUGCAGUUUUGCUCGGUACCUAAGCUGGUGGGAGAUAGCAGAUACCCGGUGAAAUAGUUGAGAUGCACGCAAGCUAUCCUGGAAAAAAAAAUCGUUGGAGAAAAUAUGUAAUGAGAUUGUUAAACAAUAUGCUUGUUUGGCUUCAAAGUGCCUAAAAUUGAUGAGAAAUUUUUUUAUUA